UGAUAACAUACCUCUUGUCGUCGACAUUUUCUAGUUCAGUUGUUAGAUGUGUUGUUAUAACAAUUUAAUUUGUAAUUUUAGUAUUUUUAAUCUAAGUUUUUCAUAAAAACCCGGUUGGGAAAGUUAUGUCUUCUGCUUCUUCGUCAUCUUCUUACGUUGUUGUUGUUAAACAGGAUAACGAGUCUAAUAUUCAAGUUCCUGCUACAAACAUGGCUCCUAUACCUGCAUAUAAACGAAGAAGAAAUGAAAAGCCUGGUAAAGGAUUACGACACUUUGCAAUGCGUGUUUGUGAAAAAGUUAGAAGUAAAAUGGUAACUACAUAUAAUGAAGUAGCGGAUGAACUAGUUGCAGAAUACCCUGAGGGUAGUAAUGCAGAACAGUAUGAUCAAAAAAAUGUUAGGAGACGAGUCUAUGAUGCAUUAAAUGUUUUAAUGGCUAUGAAUAUAAUUUCAAAAGAGAAAAAAGAAAUUAAAUGGAUAGGUUUACCAGUAACUUCUGUUCAAGAAUCAUCAUCUUUAACAAGAGAAAGAGAUGAUCUUAUGACUCGUCUGAAUGAAAAACAGGCUUUUUUACAAGAACUAAUAAUACAACAAGUGACAUUUAAGCAAUUGGUUGAAAAAAAUAAAAAGUAUGAACAAAUUCAUGGUCGCCCAUCAUCAGCAUCUGUAUUAAGUUUACCUUUUAUUGCCAUAAAAGCUGAUCCUGGAACCGUAAUAGACUGCAGUAUUUCUCAAGAUAAAAAAGAAUAUUUAUUUGGAUUCAGUAAUAGUUAUGAAAUUGUGGAAGACAUGGAUUUAUUGAAAAGCAUGAAUUUAUCCCUAGGUCUUAAUACUGGUACUAGUACUGCCGAACAGUUGGAACAAGCUAAAGCAUGUGUACCAAAGAAACUACAUAAUUUUUUAUCACGUAUAGCUGUUGAAUCAUCAGCAAUGGAUGUAGUGGAAGAACAACCAACUAAGAAAUUCAAAUCCAGUUAAAAUUUGGUGACUUUUUAGCUAUUGACUAAUUAGUAGUACUCAAUAUUCAGAUAAUAAGAAUUUCAAUUACAAAUUAUUUUAUUAUUAAAAAAUAGAUAAGUUAUGUUAAUUUUAAUUAAGUUGUAUUGUUAAUAAUGCAUGAACAACUACUAAGAUGUUAUUUAAAUAAGUUAUUAUUUAAAACUGCUAAUUUUCUCUUAAACAAAACUUUCUCGUUAACUUGAUGUUAAACUUAAGUAAAAUCACAAAGAUUUUGUAUUUGUAUAUACUCGAAUUAAGGCAAACUCAAGUCUAUUGUAUAAUAUUUAUAGCACUAACAAAUGUAUAAUAUUAGGUAAACAUUUAACUUAUUUUCAUAGACAGAUUUUUUUUAUUCAUUUAUUUCUUUGUACAUUACUGUAUAUGAAAUAUGUCUUAAAUAUCAUUAAGAUAACAUUUGUACAUAGUAAUUUUACAUAAUAUACACUAAGUAUUAUUAUUUUUUUCUUUGUAAAUUGAAGAGUACAUUGUGUCAUAAAUAAAUAUUUAGGAUUACAGUA